GACACUACGGAUAAAGACAAUGCUUCAAGAUGGCAAAAUCCCACAGCCCCGUGUUACUCUGAAGCGACUCCCAGAGUGUGAGCUUGAGAGAUUCAGAGCUAAGCGGCCAUGCCUGAGUGACAGCCCACGGAGGGAAGAGGAAAUCCCAAGAUCCAGAAGUCGUGCGCCGAAAGAUAGCCCCAGUCCUGCACCCAAAUCGAAAGAGACCCCCUCUUCUGCACCUAAACUGAAAGAUACUCCCCCUCCUGCCCCUCGAUUGAAAGAUACCCCCUCGUCUGCACCUAAACAGAAAGAUACCCUCUCGUCUGCACCUAAACAGAAAGAUACCCCCUCGUCCGCACCUAAACAGAAAGAUACCCUCUCGUCCGCACAGAAAAGUACUCAAUCGUCAGCACCUAAAGCGAAAGCUACCCCCUCUCCUGCACCUAAACAGAAAGAUACUCCCCCUCCUGCCCCGAAUCAGAAAGAUACCCCCUCGUCUGCACAGAAAAGUAUUCAAUCACCUGCACCUAAAGCGAAAGCUUCUCCAUCUCCUGCCCCUCGAUCGAACAAUACCCCCUCGUCUGCACCUAAACAGAAAGAUACCCCCUCGUCUGCACCUAAACAGAAAGAUACCCCCUCGUCUGCACAGAAAAGUACUCAAUCGUCAGCACCUAAAGCGAAAGCUACCCCCUCUCCUGCACCUAAAUCAAAAGAUACCCCCUCUCCUGCCCCUCGAUCAAAAGAUACCCCCUCUCCUGCAACUAAACAGAAAGAUACCCCCUCGUCUGCUCAGAAAAGUAAUCAAUCGUCAGCACCUAAAGCGAAAGGUACCCCCUCUCCUGCACAGAAAGGAACCCCCUCACCUGCUCCGAAAGACACACCAUCUUCUUUACCUGAAUCGAAAAAUACGCCCUCGAUUCCACCUGCACCAAAACAUACCCCCUCCCCUGCACCGAAACAAUCCCUCUCCGCUGCACCUGUGUCUGAGCCUGCCAGCGUAUCCCUGAGCGCCACCCCUCCUCCACCACCACCACCACCACCUGCGGCAGAAGGGAAGGCGUGUGUGACGCCGGCUAGCCUCACACAGCCUCUGACGAAACAGCCCUGUGAAAACACAGCAUCCACACAGCCUCUGUCGACUCAGCCCUCUGAGAACACACAGCCUGUGCCGACCCCAUCUUCCGACAGCACAUAUACACAGUCUGUAACGACCCAGUCCUCUGAGAACACAUCCGCACAGCCUGUUUCGACCCAGGCCUCUGAGAACACAGCAUCUACACAGUCUGUGCCGACCCCAUCUUCCGACAGCACAGCAUCUACACCGCCUGUGCCCAACCAGCCCUCUGAAGACACAGCAUCCACACAGCCUGACUGUGCACCGACAGACGUGUGUACACGCCCUCCUCAGUCAGAGGCAGAACGGCCAGGCUCUUCCCUUCCUGUAAACUCCACACAGCCCGUGCCCACACAAACACAACAUCCCAUAAAAAGUACAGCAGUGUCGUCCCCCCAGCCUGAAAGCUUGACGACAAACACGUGUCCGCAGCCGCCACUCACUCAACCCGAAGCUGAUCAGCCAUCACACACGCCCAUAAUAACCACCACAAGCUCCACGCAGCCCACACACUCGAGUGCGCACCCAACGCAGAAGCCCGAGGCGUCGGAGUCAGAGCCAGUGUCCACGACAUGCACAUCUGCUCCAGCUCCCACAGAGACAACAUCCACUGAGUGCACCCCGUCGACCCAGACGCAUCCCUCCACAACAAGUCCAAGCCAAACCACACCUCAAGCUGUGUCUACCACCACAGCAACAAGUACAAUGCCAUCGAGACCGAUCCCUUCUCACCCCCGCCCGGUCUUCACUCCUUCUGGCCCAGGUCACCAGGUGGUACCCAGGCCUUCAGUGUUCGGCGGGGGACAUGGACUCCCCUCCCCCCAGCCUCCCCCUCCCCCGAGGGUGAUCUCAGCAUCAGCAGCUGCAACCCAGUCCCCUCUGGCGGCGUACAGGGGGAUCAUCAUCACCACGCAAAGCGGCAGCGCGGCUCCCCGCCAGACGCAGCCGGUGCUGGUGUCCCCGCAGGUGUACCAGGUGCUCAUGCCUCGGCCUCAAGCCUCCGCCCCUCUCGCCACGGCAGCACCUGCAGCUGUUCGUCCUUCUCCUGCACCACCCAGGCUCCCUAGCUUUCCUGGUGGCAGUGGCGUUGGGCCCGUGUUCACGCCGCAGCGCCCGGCCGCCUCUCAGCAGCCCCGCGUCCUCCAACAGCUCACCCUGACUCCCUUCAGUCGGCCUGCUCCACAGCCUUACCAUCCCCCUGCCUCCUCCCCCUCCUCGGCGGCGAACCCGGCGCUCGUUGGGCCACGUCAGGUCAUCUUCGUGGUCAGGGCACCACGCGCUCUGCUGGCCAACAGUCCGUCGUCUGUGACUCCACAGAUGCCAACGCCACGGCACACACCUGCGCAUAAUGCACCACAAACGACACUUGUCAAUUCUGCGCCGAUCAACAGCCCGAGGACACCGGUGGUACCGAGACCAGUGCAGCCACAGAUGCCAGCGCCACGGCAGACGACACCAGUGAACUCUGGACGACCACGCCACGCGCCGCCGCCACCGAAUUCUGCACCCACCAACCGCAUGUUGACGUUCACGCCGGUACCAAGGCCAGCACAGCCUCAGAUGUCUACACCUCCACGACCGGCACUUGUGAAUUCUGCACGGGCCAUCACCCCGAGUCGGGCUCUGACACCGGCUGCGGUACCCAGACCAGUGCAGCCACAGAUGUCGGCACCACGGCAGGUGCUACUGAGCUCUGCACCAAGACCCGUACACAAUCACACACCUGCCACUGCGACGCCAAGGCCUCUGCUCACUGCCUCCGCACAGCCAGGGCUUGCGCUUGCCAGUCCCACAUCGACAGCCAACAGAAGAACCACAGCGAGCAGCACUACCUCUUCUUCGUCAACGCCCGCAGGACCACACACGGCGACUGUGAGUUCCACACCGACACCUAACAGAACCGCAGCGGAUACCCGCAGUACCACUUCAUCUGGACCCACUGGUCCACAGACAGGUGCCGUAAGUCCCGUACCGACGGCACCCAACAGAACCGCAGCAUGUCCUCCACCGAGCACCAUAUCUAAAACUGCAGAUCCCCUCACGGUGUCGAACUCGACCCUGACCACGUCCACCACCACCACUUCUCUGUCUACUACGCCCAACAAAAGCACACCUGCAAACGCAAACACUGCCACUGCUGGACCUGCGCGACCCAUCCACCCGUUCUUCCAGCGCGCUGCGGCCAAAGCGGUGCCCCUGAAACACCAGGCGAGCAGCCCUCCCCUCGGGAUGCCCAGUGCCAAGCAGCCACGCAUCUCCUCCUCCUCCUCCUCAUCCUCCACCACCACCUCCUCCUCUUCCUCCUCCUCCACCACCACCACCACCUCUUCCACCUCCUCUUCCACCAACACCUCCUCCUCUUCCUCCUCCUCCACCACCACCACCACCUCUUCCAUCCCCUCUUCCACCUCCUCUUCCACCACCACCACCUCCUCCUCUUCCUCCUCCUCCUCUUCCUCUGCAAUUGCUGCUGCUAGUGGUGAUGCUGGUGUGGUCGGCUCGGUCAUUUCCUCUUCUGGUGGUGGUGAUGGUGAUGCUGGUUUGAUCAGCCCAGUGAAAUGUGUCCAGUCUGCCUUCACAAAGACCAGCGGAGGACCAGGUGGGGAUGUGUUGACACCCGAGGCGAAGCAUUCACCAAUUGUGCCUUUGUCAUCAUCAUCAUCAUUAUCCUCAUCAUCGUUGUCGUCAUCUAAGCCAGCACUCUCCUCCACUGCCCCUCUCUCCUCUUCCUCACCAGCUGUGCCAGUGAUGAGUGCUGCUGUUGCCGCCAGGGGCCUCUCUCCUCAGGCGGAUGGCAAAGAUGGCUGUGGGCAGGAUAUGGAGAUCAGCAGCAGCAGCAGCAGCAGUGAUGUGACCCCAGCUGCAUGCCCGCUGCCGCGGCCCUCUUCUCCUGCCCCCUGUGGGGGUUCUACCUCCCCGGGCUCUCAGACCGACCCCGCCCCCAUGCCCCGCCCCCCCUCUCCUUGUCGCCUGGGUUCUCAGCCCGACCCCGCCCCCUGUUCCUUUUCUUCUCCCCCUGGCUCCCAGCCUGUCCACGUCCCCGUCCCCAUGCCCUGCCCCCCCUCUCCUUGUCGCCUGGGUUCUCAGCCCGACCCCGUCCCCCGCUCCCCUUCUCCACCGGGGUCUCAGCCUGACCGCGCCCCCUGUUCCUUUUCUUCUCCCCCUGGCUCCCAGCCUGUCCACGUCCCCAUGCCCUGCCCCCCCUCUCCUUGUCGCCUGGGUUCUCAGCCCGACCCUGUCUCCCGCUCCCCUUCACCUCCUGUCUCUCAGCCCGACCCCAUGCCCCGCCCCCCCUCUCCUUGUCGCCUGGGGUCUCAGCCUGACGGCGUCUCCCGCUCCCCUUCUCCUCCUGUCUCUCAGCCUGACCCUGUCUCCCGCUCCCCUUCUCCCCCCCUGGACAGCCUGGAUGAUUUCCUCACCCCUGACUGCUCGCAGCUAACGGUAGACAUGGACGUUGACGACGUCGACGAUGUGUCCUGCCUUCCUCCCGCCACAUCCGGCCCGGACUCUCCUCCUCUUACUUCUCGCUCUGCCGCAUCCCCCAUUGGCCAAUCACCAGCUGAGGACGCGACUGACAAGGACGCCAUGGAGAUAGGCGAUGCCGACGUGUCCACAGAAGAGGCGGCGGACACCUUCCUCUCGCUGACAUUAGACCCUGACUCCUCUCCAGAGCAGCAGCAGCAGCAGCAGCAGCAGCCGUAUCCGAGGCCUGGUCAGGACCAGCCGGCAGGUGCCCCUGCUGAGCUCUCCUCACCCCACAGCCCCGGGGAGCGGGUGAAGUGGGUGGACCCGCUGGAGGACGACUUGGGCCUGGGCGACGGGCUGGACUGCUCCAUGAGCUCCACCAGCAGCAGCAGUGAGGAGGAGAAGCUGCUGUCCCUACAGGAGAUCCUGGAGCGCAGCGCGCGGCCGCCCGCUACGCCGGAGAAGGGCGCCUUCCCCGAGCCCGGCACACCUAUGGCCAGAACCAGAGGAGUCAGAGUCACGGUGGAGCCUGUCAAAGCCAAACCGGUCUGCUACAAGAACACCCUUGACCAGAUGCUGCUCGAGAGGGAACAGAAUCAGAGGUCCAAGGCCCGCGAGGAGGAGCUGUUGCAGGGCUGCCAGGAGGACCUACUGCAGCUGAACGCUGAGGAAGAGGAGGAGGAGGAUGAAGAGGAGAAGAAGGGGGAGCAGGAGGAGGACAUCUCUCAGGAACAGCAUAAGUUUGUGCAGCGCUACACGCUGUUGGCCACCACCAUCCGGGACGUGCACCCCGGCGAGGAGCUCUUCUCCCCGGCCACCUUCGGACGCCUCUUCACCCAGCACAGCCUGGCGCUGCCCACGGAGGGCAUCUCGCCACAGAACCGGGCCCAGCGCACACUUCUCAGGGCCAGCCCCAGUCAAGCCCUCCUGCUGGUCCAGGCAGGGCUGCUGAAGACGGCCUUCGCCACCAGCCCCUGCCCCCCUGCUGUGGCACGCUGGCUCUUCCAGAUGAUGUCAGUGCAUUCAGACCUGCGCAUAUCAGCCCAGAUCCUGCAGAAUCUGAAGGAAAUAGCUUUGACGGCUGGCCUGAGGAUAGUAGAGAGUGGGGACCUGCGUUUCCAAGUGUGGGUGCCGAGCGUGCGGGACGUGGCGCUGGUGCUGCUCAACAUGGGCGUGCCCUUCAUCCGCAUGUUCCCCCUGGACAUGCUGCAGCCGCCCUUCACAGAGGCAGACCUGCUUGGGAACACUGCCAUUGACCCCGGGGGCUCAGCGUGCGGGAGUACAGACCACGCCUCUUUUCCAGAGCACAACUUUAACAACAUUACCGAGUACAUGGGCGUGUGUGCGGCGGUGUGUCCGCGUGCGUACUCUGAUGAGGAGCUGGUUCUGCUGCUGGCUCUGUUCUGCCGCCUCAGUCUGGACACACACCUGCAGCUGGCCUGCACCGCCCCCCUGGCCAGACUCACACACCACCUCGUCAGCAACCUCCUGGACUGGAACGCGCAGUUGCCGGUGCUGUGCCAGGCGUUGGCCCACCAGUCGGAGGACCACCACAACCUGAGGCACCUGGUACACCUGCUGCCAAUCAGCAGCCGCGGCAGGGAACUUCGCAAGCACCUCAGCUUGUCCAUCAUUUCAAAGCUGCUCAACCAGAGAUACACGUACAAGCCUGCCAGCACACACUUCCAGCUGUCGGAUCUGACUCGCUACGUGCCCCGCAUGAGCCCCUCCUUCCUGAAGAAGCAGUACGUCUCCCGCAGAGCUGACCUGGAGCAGGACGAGUACGUGCAGGACGAGCAGGCAUACUACCUCUGCUUCAGCCUCCUGGACUUGAUCAAUGAAGCUUCCAACUACGAGUUUCUGCGUCCAGACGAGAAGGUUCAGCUGAAAGUGCUGUCUGCGCAGCUGGAGAAGCAUGUGAAGAACGACAUCCGCGAAACGGAGAAACGUCUCUACAGGAGCAAGGUGAAGGAUUACCUGGCGAGGAUCUACACCAGGUGGCAGGUGCUGCUGCAGAGGACCAGGCCUGUGCAGGGCAAGCUAUAUGACUUCUGGGAGCCUCUGCCCGAGGAUAGACUGGGCAGCAGUCAGGAGGAGGUGCUGCAGGAGCAGAGGAGGCCUCAGCAGGAGGAGGAGGAGCAGGCAGGGGAGACAGCCAAUGGCAUUGAUGAGGCAGAGGAGACAGCCAAUGAGAUGGAGGAGCAAGGUGAGAUGGACAGUGAAGAAGACGAGAUGGAGGAGGUGCCAGAGAAGAAGGAGGAGCAGGAGGAGAUAAUCGUUGAGAUGGAGGUGGACGCUGCACAGGAGGCCGCCAGCAAGAUGGAGGUGAUGGAGGAGGAGGAGGAUAGGGCCAAAGAGGCGGAACCAGAAGGACGAUCCAAUGAGGCGCAGGAGCCGAGCGAGAGAGCCAAUGACAUGGAGAUAUCACAGGACAUAGCCAGUGAUGUUGUGGAGGACCCAGACAGGAGGAGGGCUGAUGAAGUGAAGGAGCCAGGGGAGAGGACCCCUGGGAUGGAGAGGCAAGUGCAGAAGGCCCCUGACAUGGAGACGCAAGUGGAUGGGGACCCUAAGAUGGAGAAGCAAGAGGACGGAGAUCCUAAGAUGGAGAAGCAAGAGGACGGAGAUCCUAAGAUGGAGAGACAAGAGGAGAGGCCCAGUGGCAUGGAGGCACCCAAGGCCAGAUCCAACACGGAGAAGCCAGAGGAGAGAGAUGAGAAGGAUGAUGAGGAAACGGACAAGACGGCCAGUGAGGCCAAAGAGAGCAACCAGGGAGCCGAUGAGGAGACAAACGAGACAGCGAAAGGAGACGCUAGUGAAGCUGAGGAGCGAGAGGAGGCCGUGAAAGGAGACGCUAGUGAAGCAGAGGAGCGAGAGGAAAAGGUGAAAGAGGUUCAGGAGCCAGGCGAGAGGGCGAAAGGCGUGGAGGAACAAAAAAUAACGUGAAGGAGGACAACUUGAAGGAAACAAUGUUGACAAAAUGCUCUAGGGUUCAGUUCAGUUCAGGUACUUUUUUUGUAUAAAAGAUGUUCAAUUGUAUAUUUUUUUUCUUUGUAUAUCAAUUUGUAUAAAGAUGAAUGUCAAGUUUUCUUUUUUGUUAUGCUCUGAAUUUGUAAUUACAAAUAAAGUGUUAGUUUGCUGUA